AUGUACCUCUCCCGCGGACAGCUCCGCAUCGAUUCCGCCACGAUGCUCCAGCUUGUGUUGUCGCUACUCGGAUUGAUCAUUAUUGCCCCCGUGGCCAUCCCCAUUGCUAUAGCAAUCUUGGGAAUAUCGUUCUUCUGCCUUGCAGUCACAGUGGUGGCCAUUAGCUUGGCAAUCAGCUGGGACAUGUUCAAAAAUUCCAUCUGGAUACUCGCAAACACUGCCAUCGACUCUACGCCUUUCUUGCUUGAGCGAGAGCAGAACACGGCCCACGAAUACCUCAAUCUCUUCUUUGGCUAUGCUCGCGAUUGUCAUAAACCAGAACGAGCGACGCCGACUCCACAUCCCACCACACCUCUGAAGCCGCAUCUUGCGAAUGGCAUGACCUCUCAAGAAUGGAUGAGCCGGAAUGCUAGUAUCGCCUCACUCACGACAUGCACAGCUAGAGAUCUUGAAAAUGCGGACUCUUGGAUCAAUGAUGAAGACGAUUGCGAGGCACUGUACAUGGCACGCAGGAGCUCCAUUGUGCAGCCCAGUUUCGAUGCCCCCGUAUAUGACACUCCACGAAGCAGAAGAGCCAGCAAGGCAGGAUCUCCAGAAGCGUCAAGACCUCCGAGCAGAGCACCGACACCAUCGACAUACACUGGCUUUGCGGACAGCAUGCGCCCACCUAGCAGGAAUGGUUCUGGUUUCUUCAAUAGCAGUCCGGUGACACCGCUACGAGGCUACUCUGCGACUUCCGCGACCGAAUUCCAAUAUUUCCAGAUCCAACCAACGAGUCCGAUAUCUUUGCACGGCAGACGGCCUUCGUGGUCACCUAUGAUGCAUCGAAGGAACAAUCAGUCUACGACUAGCUUUGGAAGUGUACCGGAGGAGAUGACGGAAGAGAGGACGGAUGGAGGCAUGGACGAAAUAAAAUCAUGA